AUGCCCUACACGCAGGCGAGGCUCCAGCAUGCCCUCCGCGCAUACCGCGAAUCCAAGACACGGGAAAUUGAAUUCGGCCACUCACCGAACAUAAGACGUCACUUGCGCUCCAACUACAACCUUCGCCAAGUAGCCCCAAGUUUGAAGAUCGUACCCGCCGUCACCUGGCAGGAUGAUGAAUCGUCUGCGGAUGAAUAUUUGCCGAGUACCCCCAGAAAACGUCGUCAUUUAGCCAGUGCCCGUAAAACGCCGAAAAGAGUCAAGCAGACCACUGACCAGAACCAUGGAACUGAAUCUCUUCCCGACGAGCAAGAGAAAGUCGAUCUACCAAGUCUUUUGGUUACCUUGAAACUCAAAUCGGACGCUGGAAAGAAGCUUUUGGGCGGUCCAGCUGACACGCUUGGAACCGGGUACGAAUCCAACAUUAAAGGAGGCGGAUGGAACUCUGUGCAAGGAGAAGAGUCGUUGGGACGUCUUGACCCACCUGAUCCUCAAGAAGGCCAUCGCAUCAAAGCGGCUCAGGACAACUUCUCCAACUGCGAUAACGAGAGCGAAAAGAUUGAUAACAAGGAUGGCCGUGUUCUGCGUAACGGGAAGAUCCUGGACGAAGAUCGGGUCGUCAGUCAGCGGUGCAGUGCUUGCAGAGCUGCGAGGAAGAAAUGCGUGUCGGCCCUUGGGAAGCCUGGUAUUUUAUCCUGCGUUCGAUGCUCCCAAAAAGAGGUCGAGUGUGAUAUGGGUAAUGGAGAAGUCGCCCUCAAGGAAGAAAGAGAAGAUGACAUCGACUCAGACGUGACUCCUCGAUCUGGCCCCAGGCGCCUACAACGCCCCUCCCCCGAUGUCAAAUCGGGCUCUGUUGGUAUGGAAUCGCCAACAAAGACCCCUACGUCGAGGGCACUGGCAAGCCAAUUUGUCAAGCCUCAUGUUAGUCCACCGCGCCAGAAUCCUUUGCUCACUCAAAUAGGAGCAUCUUUCGAUAAUCCAAUCGUCCUUGACUCGCCUCCGUCUUCUCCACGUCAGGCAGAGUUUUAUCCUCCCGCAGAGGCCACCGGCAGAAUCGUCGUGAUCACAACACCUUGGGCCCACCCUGUUCAGUACAAGCAUAUCCCUACCAAAACAAAGCCCUGCCAUUUUUGCUUGGAUUUUCGAUAUGGUAUCUAUGGAUAUGGUAAAAUCACCGUGGAAGUGAUCCGGUACCCGUCCUUCCAGGGCCAGGACACGGGCGCGGGCCAAUAUGAGGAAACCGGCAACGGCCAUCGAGCGCGAGGUCGUGAAGCUACACGGAUGUGCGUCAGCUGUGCGCUGAGCCGACUGUAUAUCUCUCGAUGCAACAACCAUCGCUUCAAACAGUUUCUAAGCCAUUCACCCGAGCGUCUACUCCAAUACAAUGGUCAGGUCCAGGUACAGCCCUUCCAUCCUCCACUCAAAGUGGGCGCAUACCCGACAUGUUCAAUCUGUCCGAAAGCCGCUCUUUGGAAGUGCUGCUCAAAACAACAAUUCGACAAGGUUGGACGAGCCUUGUCGCCAGAGGACUGUCAUGGACAAGGAUGCGGGCUAGUUCUUUGCCAUGAAUGCCGGGCUAAUGUCAUCGGUAAAGGGGAAUUAACGCUACCGGUCAAGGGACUUUGUCGUGCGGAUGCCGAGUUCUUGUUCCCGGGUAGCGCGCUUCAUAUGGCUUACGAUUAUUGA